AUGACCGAUUCAACUACGAACGAUCCCCACUUCGAGAACAUCGCCGAAGAAGUCACUGAAGUCAACACCGAUGCUGACAAACUUGUCUUCUACUCGGUAUAUCUACGACCUCCAGCUGGUUCGAAGGACAAGGGUAAGUUUUAUGUUUUUAUAACUCCAAAUCUGUAUAACAACAUUAGCUACAACAUCGUAAUGCUUCUAAAAAUCAUAAUGACGUCUAUUUUGAACAAAAAUUCAAUAGUUUAAGACGAAAAGAUGAUAAAAAUCAUAUAAAAAAUAUAACUUUAGGUCCAAAUCCCCCAAGUGGAUCCCUGAACAAGGUUGAUAGCUUGACAAAGAUUGAGACUAUUAUCAGGAGAACUCAAGAAAUCAACGAGAAGCUGGACGAGAUUGAGACUAACAACCCUGACAAGUUCUUCGACCAAGUAGAAGACUACAGAAGUGAUAUUGAGGAUGUUAAGAAGAGGCUAAAGAACUUGAGACAGGUGAGUAUACCAGAUAGUACUUCAGUCGUACAGUGUCGCAAUAGAAGUUAACCAACCUGAUAGUUCGGCUUUCGUAUUAGGUCGUUCAAAUAAUCCUUCGCCCCCUAAUCCCAAAAAUUUGCUUUGAGAGAGGGCAAAAAAUUAUUUGAAAAACCUAAUCAUUUAAAAUGAGGACCAAAAAAAACUUUACAAAUAUGAAACCUGAAAAACUUUUUUUGGAACUUUCCGAUGCCCUACAAAAUCAAUACUUUCCAGAUUAUAAACUACGAGCAGUUAAGCGAAGGCGACCCAAACAAAAGUGAAGGAUCCUGGCUGACCACCUAUAAGAACCUUCUUGGCGCCAAACUUCACAAAGAAAAGAAUGCCCUAGAAGAGAUCCAAGAAUCAGAAACCAAAGACAAAGAAGAACUACAAGCUUUGUGUAAAAGAUUAGAUAAAAGCGUCCAAAACGCUGGACUGCUACAAGAAUGUGCACGGUACUUACAUUGGUUCACCAACAGAAUCGUCGAGACAAACGAAGCAUUGCCCGAUUCGAAAAAAGAUUACACGCUUGACUUGGUGGCUGGCUGGAUCAAGACUGAGCUAGACAAGGUCAAGGAUCAUGAACAAAAUUGCUUUGUGAGUUUUAAAAUUUGAACUUCAAAAAGUUCGAAAAUAGCUUCGGUUAGCUGCUUUCGAUGCCGUUUUUUAGCUUCAAAACCCUUUUUUGUAGCCAUUUUUCAUAAAUUUAUAAACAAAAACAAAGGAAAAAGCCUCUUCUCUAUUAUUAAAACCUAAAUUUACGAAAAUACGACCAAAAAGACCUAUAAACUAUUAUAUUAUCCAUGUUUCAGAAUGUCAAAUCAGAACUUGAAGGCAAGUUGUUCGAAGGCCAGUGA